CAGAAUGCCAGAUUUCCAUCUAUCAAUGGCUCAGUCUUUAGAUCACAUCUGGACCCUGUGAUGCACUCUAAGAUGAACACAUCUAAGCAAUUAUGGGCUGUGUCUUCUUUGGGCCAUGGCAAAAGGAAAAGCCAGGCCCAGCACACAAUGUUUUGGUGAAGGAGGUAUGGGGCUUUAAUGCCUUAGUAGAAUGGGAGCCUCCCAAGGAUGAUGGGAACUCAGAGAUCACUGGCUACUCCAUCCAAAAAGCUGACAAGAAGACAAUGGAAUGGUUCACUGUAUAUGAACAUAACCACUUUACCCGUUGCACAGUGUCUGAUCUCAUCAUGGGCAAUGAAUACUACUUCCGGGUCUACAGCGAGAAUAUCUGUGGACUGAGUGAGCAACCUGGGGUCUCCAAAAACACUGCAAACAUUCCGAAAACCGCCCAAGAUAAUCUGGAUGAAGAACAAAGUGGAUCUCAGUGGGGACCCCAAAUUUCUGCAGAAAAACAACCAAGGAGUGUUGACCCUCAAUAUCCGUAAACCAAGUCCUUUUGACAGCGCCACAUACACCUGCAAGGCCAUCAAUGAACUGGGCGAGGCCAUAGUAGAGUGCAGGCUGGACGUUAAAGGUGAUUUGGAAUGAAAUCAUGACAUGGCCUGAAAAUGCAUCAAUGUCACUUGUCAAAGAUGCAAAGCAGCGGCUGCAGCUAAGCCACUAACGUUUCCCAAUAUUGGCUCACAUUCUCUAGAAUUGCCAUUCUUUGCUAACUCACUUUUACUGAGCAUGUCACUCUUCUUAUCACAUUUCUGGAUUUUGUAAUUGUUGCCUGGAAUUUCUUUGUACCUGUUUUUUUUUUUUAAUUUUUACAAGAAUAAGCUUUUGCUGCACCAACCCCAGCUUUGUUCAGCAUGAAGAAGUAGAGCAUUAUUACAUCUUUUGCAGGUGAUUGGACCAUUAAUUAAGGCAGUCUUGACUGUUGCUUCUGUGGCUUUUGCUUCUCAUUCAAGGCUUAUGGGCAUUAGUCAUGGAUAGACUUUUGAAUCAGUUUCUUUGCUUGUAUGUGUGUGUGUUAAUUACAGGCUUACUUUCUC